AUGCGAGGGGCUCAAGCUUUAUACUUUCUUCGUAGAACAACGACUUUAGCUCAACAUUUGUGUUCUCUUACACCGUUUAUUGCGACGCCUCGUAUGGAUUUUAGUUCGUUUCUUGAAGAGAACCCUAGCGACCUUGUUUAUACCCAUAACCGUAGAAUUGAUGAAUUGAUUAAAUCCGGGAACUUGUUAUCUGCACAUGAAGCGUUCGAUGAAAUGUCUGUACGAGAUGUUGUUACUUAUAAUCUUCUUAUUUCUGGGAAUAGUAGAUAUGGGUGUUCUUUAAGAGCUAUAGAACUCUACGCGGAGAUGGUCUCUUGUGGUCUUAGAGAAAGUGCUUCCACGUUUCCUUCGGUUCUGAGUGUAUGUAGUGAUGAAUUGUUCUGUAGAGAAGGGAUUCAAGUUCAUUGUAGGGUAAUUUCUCUUGGGUUUGGAUGUAAUAUGUUUGUUAGGUCUGCACUUGUGGGUCUUUAUGCGUGUUUGAGGCUUGUUGAUGUUGCUUUGAAGUUGUUUGAUGAAAUGCUUGACAGAAAUUUAGCUGUUUGCAAUUUGCUGUUGCGAUGUUUUUGCCAGACUGGAGAGUCCAAGCGAUUGUUUGAAGUGUACCUUAGGAUGGAACUUGAAGGUGUAGCAAAAAAUGGGUUAACGUAUUGUUAUAUGAUCCGUGGUUGCUCUCAUGAUCGGUUGGUAUAUGAAGGGAAGCAAUUGCAUUCCUUAGUGGUUAAAUCUGGAUGGAACAUUUCUAAUAUAUUUGUGGCUAAUGUGCUUGUGGACUAUUACUCUGCUUGUGGUGAUUUAUCCGGUUCUAUGAGAUCAUUCAAUGCUGUCCCAGAAAAGGAUGUAAUAUCGUGGAACUCGAUUGUUUCUGUGUGUGCAGAUUACGGAUCUGUGCUUGAUUCUCUCGAUUUGUUUAGCAAGAUGCAGUUCUGGGGGAAGAGACCUUCUAUACGGCCAUUCAUGUCAUUUCUGAAUUUCUGUAGCAGAAACAGUGAUAUUCAGUCCGGGAAGCAGAUCCAUUGCUAUGUUCUCAAAAUGGGUUUCGAUGUUUCAAGUCUUCAUGUACAGUCUGCUCUCAUUGACAUGUAUGGGAAAUGCAAUGGGAUUGAGAAUUCUGCCUGCUUUACCAGAGUUUGCCUUGCCUGAAUCUGGAGUGUUGUAACUCGCUGAUGACUUCUCUGAUGCACUGUGGGAUCACGAAAGAUAUCAUCGAGAUGUUUGGUUUGAUGAUUGAUGAAGGAACUGGAAUCGACGAAGUUACUCUUUCUACUGUCCUCAAGGCUUUAUCACUCUCUUUACCAGAAAGUUUACAUAGCUGCACGCUUGUACAUUGCUGUGCCAUCAAAUCUGGUUAUGCAGCUGAUGUUGCAGUCUCGUGCUCUCUUAUUGAUGCGUAUACAAAGAGUGGUCAGAAUGAAGUAUCUCGGAAGGUGUUUGAUGAGCUUGAUACACCUAACAUCUUCUGCUUGACUUCGAUCAUCAAUGGCUAUGCUAGAAAUGGCAUGGGAACAGACUGUGUUAAAAUGCUGAGAGAGAUGGAUCGAAUGAAUCUCAUACCAGACGAAGUUACAAUAUUGUCUGUACUAUCAGGGUGCAGUCAUUCUGGGCUUGUUGAAGAAGGCGAGCUGAUUUUUGACUCAUUGGAAUCGAAGUACGGAAUUUCGCCAGGAAGGAAACUCUAUGCAUGCAUGGUGGAUUUGCUAGGGCGUGCUGGUUUGGUGGAAAAAGCUGAAAGGCUGCUUCUUCAGGCACGAGGAGAUGCAGACUGCGUUGCAUGGAGCUCAUUACUGCAGAGCUGCAGGAUCCAUAGAAACGAAACAAUAGGAAGAAGAGCAGCGGAAGUCUUGAUGAAUCUUGAACCUGAGAAUUUCGCUGUUUACAUUCAGGUUUCAAAAUUUUACUUUGAGAUCGGUGAUUUUGAAAUCUCCAGACAAAUCAGAGAGAUCGCUGCUUCACGAGAGCUCAUGAGGGAGAUUGGUUACAGUUCAGUCGUUGUGAAAAACUAA